CGGCCAACUACCUUAACAUCCAUGUUCCCGCUUUUGUGUCGCCUCUCAUUGCUUUUUCCCUCUUCCCUCUUCUUCUAUCCUCGUUCGCUCAAUGCACACGCUUUUAUUUAUCUCUCCUUCCCCUCUCUCCCUCCUUUUGUUCUUUCUUCAAACCGAGGCUCUCUAACUCUCCUUUGUUUUAGGAGGCGUUGCCACUCUCUAGGUACUCACACACUCAGCCGAUUCAUCGACGCGAUUGCCUCCCGGCAUACUCAGCUAUUUGUCCAUCCACCACCUAGUACCUAUUUGGCCCUGUGUUCCAUUGGUACAAAGUACUACCUACUUAGCGCAGUCUUUAUUCGGUCCCCUUAAUUCCUCCGGUCGCAUACCGUCCUCAGCCAUACCCUCUGCCCUCCUGCUUGGGCCACUUUCGAUUUGCAACCCACGGCGCACGGCAUUUGUCCUGUCUCGAAUCCUUUACUCAUCAUUUCGACGGAUGUUUGAGGCUCCAUUUUACUACCAGAGCCGCAAUGGCUGGUAGAGACGAUCGAAUCGGUCGCCGACCAGCCGGUAGCUCCCCAUCAGAAUUAUUCCCCGACCGUGUCUCACUCCGCCGAGAUGAAUCGUCUCAUUCCAAAGAUGCAGACCACGAUCGAGGGAGGGGCGGUGGGAAGGGGGGAGGAUUACCUUACGGUAAACAUAGCAAACCACCUCUGGAGAGAUCUUCUUCCAGGAGGUCAACGAAUGCUAGUGAUCGCGGUUCAAUAUCGACCGCUACAGCCGGGCAGCGCGCCACGAAAGUUGAAGGCCUGCCACUUGUAGUAGACCUGCUCGGUGAUGCAGCCUGUCUACGCAUGCAACACAACCAAGCUGAUAACAAGCUUAAGAGAGCAUUAGCUGACUGGAAACGGUCGGCUGCUAAAACUCCUGAAUAUUCUUCUGUUGACGAGAUGCAACGUCAGGCUGUCCAAAAAUGCGAGAUCGAAAAGAACAAUCUUAAGCAAAAACUCAGAGAGCUGCACCCAACGCUGUGUGAUACUCUCGAUUCGUUAUUCAAGCAAUACGUGCAAGAUCAGGCUUCCAUAGGACCCAACACCCAACUAAGGGAAGAUUCUUUGCCGACGAAGGUCCAGGGCUCCCCAGCAGAGCUUCAGCCACAAUCACUGGAACCGCACCAGUCAACGAAGGCAUGGAUGGAAAUUUGUUUACAGACUGAGCUGAAUAAAUUCAAAAACUCCUUACCAAGCGCUCAGGGACCCGAUGAUAGCGAGAUCCGGAAACUGGUGGACAGCCUUGAGAACGAGAAGAAGAAAACUCAACUUCUGGAAAAUAAAGUCGAAGAGGGUCGACAGCAACACCAAUUGCUGGAAGAGAAGCUCAGCCGGCUCGAGCAGAAGCUCGAUGGCGUCAGCACCACGAUGGAAGAAAGGAUAGCCGCCAAAAAGAGCCAGCCAGCUACCUCUACAACCUCUGCCGAGCAUAACCAGCUCAAGCUAACAAUUGAAAUGCAGGGACGCGCUAUAGACUUUAUCAAAAGUCAGUUUGAUCCCAUAAGGAUGCAGAAGCUCCAGCAAGACACAGAAAACCUUGCAGACAGACUCACGAAAGGCAUAAAAUCUGUCAAGUCGCUCCAUGAGCAGAAUUCUGCUCUUAUUGAAAAGCAGGGGGAUAAGCAAAAAUCUUCAGAAAACGACAUCUCAUCCUUACAAACUAUCUCUCGUAACCAGGAAGUCAAGCAAAAAUCCCUUGAAAAGGACAUAUCAUCGCUGCGAAGUACAUCUGAUAAUCAUGGAGCAAAGCAAAGUUCUUUAGAAAAGGAAAUCUUGUCCUUGCAAAAUACUUCUGAAAGUCGUGGGGCAAAGCAAAUGUCCUUUGAAAAAGAUAUUUCGCUUUUACAAUGCACGUGUCAAAGCCAGGGAGAACAGCAAAAGAUAAUAGAUGAUGUCGUUUCCGGCAUAAAAUCAGCUGUAGAGGGUCUCUCACAAAAAGGGGAAUCUUUAGUUGCAGAUAUCGCUUCUCUGCGAUCAUCCGUGGAACAAACACAAGAGUCACAGGGGUCUCAGGAGGCGCGCCUGUCGACGCUCACCUCUCUAAAGCCGUUGGUUAAGGAAGUUAAGGAACAGCAAAAGAAGACCAAUGUUCUGCAGCAGAGGGUCGACGCUCUACAGGCCAGCGCCGCUGACUGGUCACUGCAAGACUUCCAAAACCUUAAGGCAAUGGUCCAGGGGUAUCCGCCUGCAGGUGAAAUUCAGCAACUUCUUGUUGAAUUCCCAUCUCUCGUGGACACCAAGCGCCUGCUUGCCAAAUACCCACCUUCUGGUCAUCUUAAGCGGCUGCUUGAAGAAAUGCCGCCUCCUGGUGACAUAAGGCGUCUCCUGGAUGAACGUCCAUCUCCUGCGGAUAUAAAACGCCGUCUUGAAGAACUGCCACCGAGUGAUGAGCUUAACCAACUUGUUGGAGACGUACCAAAGUUAAGGGAAUGUAUGUCGGAGGUCAAUGCACGGUCUUCUAAACUUCCUACGCCCACACCCGCUCCUGCAUUCAUGACAAAGGAGAUGACGUUGCAACUGAUCACUCCCAAGAUGGAUAGACUGGAAGAUGCAUUGAAAAGCCGUUGUGCGGAUAUGAUCCAGAUAUCCUCUGGGCUAGUUGCCGAGACUGUUGACCUGGCAAAUGCCCGUACAUUGAAGUCUGAGGAAGCUGUCCAGGCACUUGAUGCUCGUGUAACAGGUUUGAGGCGAAGCGUGGAUGAGAGCAAGAAGGAAUUCGAUGCGCAUGCCACAACGCUGAAGCGAAAUGCGGAUGAAAACAUGAAGAAGUUGGUCCAGCAAAUCACAGUUUUGGGGCAAGACAUCAGCGAAACCAAGAAGGAUACGUAUGACUUGAAUUACGACAAGGAAAAACGCUUUGAGGAACAGACAACUGAACUUAAGUCAGUGAAGGGUAUGGUUGCUGUGAUGAUCCAGGACGUUGAAAAGGUGCGCAAGGACUCAAGGACUGGGAUCGAUGAUGUUCAGUUCCAGCUGGUCCAGAUGACGGACUGGGCGAAGAAUUUCAGCUCCAAGCAGUGGUAUGACAGUGUCGCUCAACAAAUCGCUGCUUAUGUGCCAGCUCAAUUUGCGGGACAAUUGAACAGCCUGGCUACCAGGGUCAGCCAUCUUGAGACCCGAAGUCACGAUUCGCCAGAGGUCUCGAGCAAGAGACGCAAAGGAGCUAAUGGGAGCCCUCUGGUUGUCAACGGCAUCCAUUGAGCAAAGGCUUGGUUUAGAGAUGCUGUAUGGAACAUGUUGGUCAGUUAAACACUCUUGUCUGUAUAACUGAUUUCUCGUACGGGGUGGUGGGUCUUGGUUUGGUAACCAGGGUGUGACUUUUUGGCAUCAAUUGAAAUAUGCGGAGGAGAGAGAUAACGGUGGCAAGGCAGCAUUAUACCCUUACGGAUCCGGCGUUUUAUGCAUUAUUGUCAGGAGAAAACAUAUCUAUGGAUUCACUUAUGGUACAAUAUUGACUUGUGUGAACCUCAAUGUCGCUAUGUUAACAGGCA